GAUCCUUUUGAUCAAGUAGUAAAUGAGGCUAUGGAUAUUGAUGAAGUUCAGAUAAACAAAAUAAAGAAUCAAAUUCAUUUUAUAAACCUGAUGAAUCUAAUGAUCAUGACACCACUAUGGAUGAUCUGUCAGAAAAGGAAACAGCUGAGGAAAUGCAAGUUGAUUCCGUGAGUGAAGAAACAGAGGAAGUUCAAGAUGUGGAAGCUAGCAAAGGAGUGGAUGAGGAAGUAUGUCUUCUUCCGGAUACCGAAAGGGAGAUUUCUGAAGCUGAUAAAGAAAGAGCUAUUUUAGCCAAAGAAAGUUUGGCGAAGGAAGCUGCGAAUAAAGAAGCACAGGAUUCAAUAACAACUUUUGAUAAUUUGAUUGAAGGUGGUGAUUCCAACAAACCUGAUGAAGCAUCAAUGUCAAACAAUGCAGAGAAAUCAAUUGAUGGUGAUGAGGUAGUCAAUGAUACUGCAACGGAUGAUAGUAAAAUGGAAAUACAAGGUGAUGAGCCAUUAAAAGAACAUGAUGACAAAGAUGUCGAAAAUGAAACCAUUGAUAUUACAGACACAGAGAAUGAUGUUACAGAACCAUUAAAAGAAAAUACUAUAAAGCGAACAACCAUAAGUGAACAAACAUGUGCACAGUGCUCACAAAUAACACUGUGUAAAUUUCAUAUGUUGGUUGAUGGGUCCGUAAAAUUUUUGUGUCAAAAAACGUGUGUUUUGAAAUAUAAAAAAGCUAAUGAUCAAUAUGAUAUUGUUGUUAAAAAAAUGAUCAUUAAAGAAGUUGUUGGUUCUGAGCAUUCAUGCACACAAUGCUCACUUACCAAAACUUGUCAAUAUGAGAUUUUAAAGGAAGCAGCAUUUUUGUGUGAUACUAAUUGUUUGAAAAAGUAUAGAGCAGAUGAAGAAUUUGGCAACUUUGUUAUACGUUAUAGAAAAGUCUUUGUACAAGAAAUAACACCAAGUGAUCAUCAGUGUUUUUAUUGUCAAGAAACUAAAAAAUCUAAAUUUCAAUUCAGUGCACAUGGUGAAGAUAUGUAUGUCUGUGAUGAUGAAUGCUUAACUAAACUGCAAGAGGAAUAUCCCGACAAAUAUCGUGUGAAAGUUCGUAAACUAUUUAGAGUCAAAGAAAUGCCUAGAUUAUUAAAUGUUUCUGUCAGAGAUAUAAAUAUUGGACCAAAAAUACGUACAAGAACAGAAGAGGCUGCUGAAGCAGCUAAACAAGAUAGAGACAAAAGCUUUAAUAGAAAAUGUACUAUGUGUGAAGAAAUUAUUACAGGAGAUGAGAAAAAUUUAAGUUGGGAAACUAUGGAUUUUUGUAAUGAGGAUUGCUUAAGUAAAUAUCAGAACACAUCUUAUUCAAAUUGUUCUAACUGCAAAGUUGGAGUUCACACUACAUCUUUAGGAAAAUAUUGUGUGCGAUUUGGAUAUGAUGUUCGUCAGUUUUGCAGUUCUAGUUGUUUAGAAGAAUUUAAAAAAGGAUUAAAAGUCUGUUCUUAUUGUCAAAAAGAUAUUUCAGGAGGUUCAGAGGGAUUUUUAGCUCCAGUUGGCGAUAAAGGCCAAUUCAAAGAUUUUUGCACACAGAUGUGCAUGGAGAAAUUCGAUCAAAUGAGCAAAAACUGCCCGCCAAUGAAUACUGUCAGCCAGUGUGCUGUGUGCAAUAAAGAUAAAGUUAUAAAAGUUGAAGUCUUCAUUGAUGGAUUUGAUCAUAAAUUAUGCUCUGUUCCAUGUUUCUCAGCAUUUAAGUUUGUUAAUAAAAUUUUUCCUGAUCAAUGUGAUAUGUGUAAGAAAUAUUAUGAACGAAAGUCAUCAGAACACUAUACUAUAUAUGAUGAUGCAGCCCCUCAUACUUUUUGUUCAAAAACAUGUAUGAACGUUUUCAUUCUGUCUAAUAGACAGAUAGUUCCAUGCAAUUGGUGUAAAGUCAAAAAGUACAACUAUGACAUGAUUAGACGAAAUUUAAGUUCAGGGCAAAAAAUUAUGAUGUGCUCUUUGAAUUGUUUGACACUUUAUCAAGUGUCGGUAAAUGCUGUUUCCAUGAGAAGAAUAAAAUGUGAUCAUUGCAAGUCUUUAUCACAAGCUCAAUAUCAUUUAACUAUGUCUGAUGCUACAAUAAGGAACUUUUGCACAUAUCAAUGUGUUAUGUCUUUUCAAGGACAAUAUUCUAAAAAUCCAAUAACAUUAGGAAGCGAGCAGCAUAAGACACCUCCUGCGACUUCAAUUAAGGGUGCGCCCGUGCCUACUGGUGCUCCCAAACGAACAUACAACAUAACACGCCAAACAAAAGGAGUUGGUACGAAAGCUUCAGCUGCGUCAAAGUCAUUUGAAACUCCUAUAAUUUCAAAAGUUCGAUCUCUAGGCACUCCUGUCAAUGCACAUAACACUCGUGGUUCAGUUAAAAGUACUCAUAAACAAGCUCAAAUUGUUCAACAAGCUCCACCUCCUGCUCCCGCUCCGGCACCAACACCACCUCCCAAGCCACAAUUUAAGACACAAUUAAUUGUGAAACCUCCACGUCCUAAGCCUAUUUCGAACAUGUCUACAAUGUGUAAACCAAUGACCGCAUCAAAAGGCACUUCUUGCAAACAGCAAACCAUUAACAAGGAAUGCCAGACAGAUGAUAGUUUGCAGAAAAGAAUUUUAAUACCGGUACCAGUUCCUAUAUAUGUUCCAACUCCUUUGAAUAUGUACUCUAUGCCUUAUCCUGUGCCAGUACCCAUACCUUUGCCAAUUCCAGUCCCAGUGUUCAUUCCAACAACUAGAAAUUCUGCAAAUGGCAUCAUGAAAGAAAUUAAAAAAAUCCAUGAGAAAAUGCCAACUGAUCCAUUCGAAGCAGAGUUGCUGAUGAUGGCUGAAAUGGUGGCUGGAGAGAAAAAGAGAAGUGAGAGUGAUUCGGAUUCUGAAGACGAUGCACCUGAAGAUGAUGGAUUUAGUCCAGAAGGAAUGGAAACUAGUAACACUUUUGGUGAAGAUAUGCUACAAAUGGCCUUGAAAAUGGCAUCGGAAUAUGAUGAACCAGCUGUGGAUUUAGAAUCUGCGAUGACGGCCAGUACAAUUACUCCAAGCUCCCAUCCUCCAAUGUCUAAUGAAGAAGGAGUUGAUGACCCGAAUCCAAUGCAUCAUCAUCAUAUGCUUAUGAUGGAACAACAAAGAGCCGCUAUGCGUGGGAGAAAACGACCUAAUCGACCACAGGGUAACAACUUGGGUGUUAAUAAGCGUAAUCGCCGAGUAAGCAACACUGACGGUCUGCCAAUGAUGCAACCACCCACUCAACCAGAACCUCCUAGAGAACCCACUGAAAAACCAGAUGCAAAUAUGUGCCUAAAGUAUACAUUUGGUGUCAAUGCUUGGAAACAGUGGGUGAUGACUAAGAAUGCUGAUUUGGAGAAAAGUUCUAUAAGGCGUAAACCUUUUAAGUCAGAGAUUCUUCAAUUGACCGCUGAUGAAUUAAAUUACUCUUUGUGUUUGUUUGUCAAAGAAGUUCGUAAACCAAACGGCAGUGAAUAUGCUCCAGAUACAAUCUAUUAUCUGGUUUUAGGUAUUCAACAAUAUCUCUUUGAAAAUGGAAGAAUAGAUAAUAUUUUCACUGAUGCAUAUUAUGAGAAGUUCACUGAAUGUUUAGAUGAAGUUGCUAAAAAGUUUUCUGUUUUAUAUAAUGAUUCACAAUAUAUUGUCACUAGAGUUGAGGAGGAGCACUUAUGGGAAUCUAAACAACUUGGUGCUCAUUCACCGCACGUGUUGCUUAGUACACUUAUGUUCUUUAACACUAAACAUUUCAAUUUAGUAACUGUAGAAGAACAUAUGCAGUUGUCAUUUUCUCAUAUUAUGAAACAUUGGAAGCGUAAUCCUAAUCAACCUGGUGCAACUAAAGUUCCUGGUUCUCGCAAUGUGUUACUAAGAUUCUACCCACCUCAAUCAGCAUUAGAUGCUAACUCUCGCAAAAAGAAAGUUUAUGAACAACAAGAAAAUGAAGAAAAUCCACUUCGAUGUCCAGUAAAACUUUAUGAAUUUUAUUUAUCUAAAUGCCCUGAAAGUGUGAAGACCAGAAAUGAUGUAUUUUAUUUGUUGCCAGAAAGGUCUUGUGUGCCUGACAGUCCUGUCUGGUAUUCGACAAUGGCUUUAGGAAAAGAACCGCUGCAAAAAAUGCUUCACAGAGUUAAAAUGGUGAAAGAAAUCAAUAUCGCCCUGUUAACAAGUUAAAACAUUAGGUUUAUUACUUAAAUUAUAUAUAUGCAAUAGAAAUUGUCAAAAAUAUAAUUUUGUUACCAUUAUU